CCUCUCUCUCGACCAGGCUACGGCGCCUUUUUCUCGUUUGUCUUGUCUUCUCUUUGCAAACAUAUCUCCUCCUCUUUAUCACAAAAAUCACAUACUUCUUCUCUCUUUUUAUUCUCCUUCUUGCCCCAGUCGUCCCUCUCAGAGAGAGAAAGUCCUCACCAAGUGCGAUUGCCUCCCAGUCUGUCUCCUCCUCCUCCCCCCUUUCCCCACCAGGCUGACCUCCUCCAGCUGUAUCCUCUUUUUCAGCUACUAUCUGUUCAUUAAUAUUCUCUUCCGUAAUUAAAUCCCACGUCCUCAAGACUGCCCUUCCACCGUUCUCUAUCUCACUAUGGCCACUGCUCCUCCUCCCAAUCCUCGAGCCUCUCUUCUCAAUGGCCUUCGUACAGGCGGCGUUAGAUCUGUCUCUAUGAACAUGCCCCACACUGCUGCUCCAGGCUCCUCCUUCAAUCUUCCCCGUUUUGCUUCCAACUCUAUUCAGCACCCUGUUUAUCCAGAGGAGGAGGACAUCGACGAGGUGGCUGAACUAUUUUCACACCACCUUUACACCAACAACACGGCAGGAAAACACCCCUUGACGGCCGCUGUCGAUGGCCCUAACAACCGUUUUAUCCAACAGCAACAUUCCUCAGCACAGAGGGGCUUGAACCCCAACAGUGUUCCGUUCAAUCCCUCGUUCUCUCAGAGUGUGCAAGCCCCGUCUGCCCCAGACGCUCAGACUCAAGUUCUCCAGCAACAGAUGCAGAUGAUGCAGUUGGAGAUUAUGCGAUUACAGAACGUACAGGUGCAACAGACACAAGCUGCCCUUCUCGCAGAGGCUAUGCGCCAACAGAUCAAUCAAAAUCGCCGUAACAGCUCAAACUUUAACCCACCUGCUACUGCCGGUCCGCUUAACACCGCUUUUGAUCUUCGUUCAGUUGCAAGUAGCGCCCAGUCUCGCCGCGCUAAUCAGACAGAGCUUUUGAAGGCCCAACUUGGUAUCAGUACUGCUCCUACCAAUGGCGAUCAAGUUCCUAUGACCGCAGCGCUUGGAGGCAAGUUCGGUAGUCGUCCUUCUUCAAACGUCGCAUUUCCGAGGGCAGAAAUACAUGAAAUCACACCUAAGAAUUCGUCUCCCCCACCUAGCCAGACUACAGUGAUAAGCGGUGGAACAUCUCUCGGCAGUCUUUCCUCGAACAGUGUCGUUAAUAGCGGUAAUGUUAGCGGCAAUGGCACUCCCCCAUCCAAGUCGGAUUCCGCUACAUCCUGGAGGCGCGGAGGCAAUAAUAACUCAGUCCUUAACGGACAGCGUACUGUAUCUAUAUCUGUUUCCCCACCCAGUGUAACGGUUACCCCACCGCCUGGUGACCGUCCAUCUCCCACUGCCCUUCAUCCUGGCAAAGCUCGACCUCGCCCUCUUAGUUUCGCCGGCACUUUAUCACGACCUUUACCAGUCGUAGCUGUUGAUACAUCUGCUGAUGGUAGCGAGCCUGAGGAUGCAUAUUCUACUGCAUCCGCUAGCUCCCAGUCGAAUCCCACAACGCCCCACUCCUCGUCUUCUAUUGAUGCACCACUUUCGCCGCGCGAAGAGGCUUCAAAGAAAUUGUACGAGGGACUGGGUAUAGGGAGGCCGGUUCCUGUUGUUGCUGCCCCACAGGUUCACCCUUCGGUGGCAAGCUACAGGAUGGCAAGCCAACCGAUGAGACAGCCUCGUGGUCCACCAUCGGGGUCCGAUGAGCUCGGUCCGAAAAAUUUUGCGACUAGAAUCCGAAGGAAAGCGAUCGGUGGAUUGGGUGUACUCAUGGGCGCCCGUGAGCGCAGAGAGGCUGUUGAGGCUUACUAGUUUCUCCCUUUUCUGUUCGGUCACUGGACUAGGAUUUGGCAGCUUUUCAGUCAUGACGUAUCUUCUCUCUUCCCUUAUACCUUCAUUCCUUUUGCGAUCUCGGUUUGGGGCAAUGAUUUCGGCCGUAUGUGAACGGACACUUGGUGCUAGCAUAGUUCUCGUCGCCUGAUUCUCCCGGUAUUUCUUAUGUACGUACUUUUCGUUACAUUCAACAACACCUUCAUUUCGUCUCUCCCUCCAUCCUUUCCAUUCGCACGCCUCUCCACUCGAUUUCAUCAUCUUGGGAUUCGCGAGCAUACACGCGGUAUGUGCGGGUACGGCGACUUCUUGGCAGAGUGAACGAAGAGUUCCAGAGAUGGGAUGGGAUUGGUGCACGGAAGCCGUGCUUCCUGUAAUGUACCCAAGACACUAAAAUAAAAAACAACUAUGUGCAUUAGACUCUUGAUUGCAACAAUCAACUAAACCCUGUUUGAAUCAUGUCAA